AAUCUCCCACUUUCUCUUUUUCUCUCAACUAAAAAAUCUCUUCCCUUUCUUUACAGCUCUUUUUCCAUCCCUUUGUCUACUAAUUCUCACUCUUUGGCCAAAGCCUGGGCAUGACAAAUCUGCCUCUUAUUUGAUUAUUUCCGCACUUUAAUAUCCCUUUUACAAAAAGAAGAAAGGGAAUUUGAACCAUGGUGCUCUACGACUCCGCCACGUCAGCGGCGAGUAGCAGCGGCAGCUCAUCAUCAUCUUCCUACAAGCAGCCACAGCAGCAGCAGCAGCAAGAUAUUGAUGGGCUACUCGCCGGAGCUGGAUACAAAGUCCGGUCAUCGGAGUUACGACAAGUAGCUCAGAGACUGGAACGACUCGAAAUCGCCAUGGUUAAUUCCCCCGCAGAUUUCUCUUAUCUCGCUUCAGAUGCUAUCCACUAUAACCCUUCCGAUCUCGCCUCCUGGGUCGACUCGCUCCUUUCCGAGUUCACUCAGCCUCCUACUUGCCCCGCCGAAUUCAUCAUGGAUCCUGUAACCAAUCAGGCGGUGGUAAACAACGCGUGGACCAGCACCGAACCUCAUACGCCGCAGGUGCACCAGAAUAUUUCUUUCGAGCGACAAAGUUUGAAUCAUCAGUUGACGGUUGUAACGGCCAUGGAAGAAGAUUCCGGUAUAAGGCUGGUCCACAUGUUGAUGAUUUGUGCGGAGUGCGUCCAACGUGGCGACCUCCCAUUGGCUUCUUCUUUAAUCGACGACAUGCAACGGUUACUGACUCGUGUCAACACCGUUUGUGGCAUCGGAAAAGUUGCAGGACAUUUUAUCGACGCUUUGAGUCGCAGAGUUUUCCAAGGAAUUGGCGGAGGGUCCAUCAGCGGUGGCUCCGCUUAUGAGAACGAGAUUUUGUAUCAUCAUUUUUACGAAGCGUGUCCUUACUUGAAAUUCGCUCACUUCACCGCCAAUCAGGCGAUUCUCGAAGCUUUCGACGGUCACGAUUGCGUCCACGUGGUGGAUUUCAAUUUGAUGCACGGCUUACAAUGGCCGGCUUUGAUACAAGCCCUCGCUUUACGUCCCGGUGGACCUCCUUUGCUUCGUUUGACCGGCAUUGGACCGCCGUCACCAGAUGGCCGUGACUCGCUUCGCGAAAUCGGUUUACGGCUUGCCGAGCUGGCUCGCUCCGUCAACGUCCGUUUCGCCUUCCGUGGAGUCGCGGCUACCAGGCUCGAAGACGUUAAGCCGUGGAUGCUUCAGGUUAAUCCAAAAGAAGCGGUGGCAGUGAACUCAAUCAUGCAGCUUCACCGCUUACUAGGAUCUGACCCGACACGGAAUUCUCCUAUCGAAACGGUUUUGAGUUGGAUCCGGAGCUUAAACCCGAAAAUUAUGACUGUCGUUGAACAAGAAGCCAACCACAACCAACCCGGUUUUCUGGACCGGUUCACUGAAGCACUUUAUUAUUAUUCGACUAUGUUCGACUCUUUAGAAGCUUGCACAGUUCAACCGGCGAAGGCUUUAGCCGAGAUAUACAUUCAGAGGGAAAUAGCCAACGUCGUGAGCUGUGAAGGUUCCGCUCGAGUAGAAAGACACGAGCCGUUAGCCAAGUGGAGGACGCGGCUCAAUGGAGCCGGAUUUAGGCCAUUACAUUUGGGGUCCAACGCGUUUAAACAAGCUAGCAUGUUAUUGACGUUGUUCUCGGCGGAAGGGUAUUUGGUGGAAGAAAAUGAAGGGUGUCUGACACUGGGUUGGCAUAGCCGCCCUCUCAUUGCGGCUUCGGCUUGGCAUGCCGUAUCGGAUGCGGCAGCUGAGAUGCCGGCUUGGGAUAAUCAUCAACCAUCAUAAGUAGGGCAGAGUUGUAAUAAUUAAGAGCUUGUUGUAAAUUUGGGGUAAUUUGGCUAUUUAUGGGAAAAUCUUUUCCUUUUCAGUUUUUCUUUUGCCCUUUAUUACAGCUUUAUUGGUGCUGUUUUCAAUGAUAUUGUACUCCAGCAGAAAUCUGUUCCUAGGA